AUGAGUGAAAAGAUUCAAAAAAUUCAUUCGAAUUACUACAUCCGAGCAUACUACCAAUACUUCCACGACGCACAUCCGUUGUUGUUGCCACUGCAAGCCCUAGAAGGCCCACUCGGAACAGAAUAUGUCCCCGAAAAGAUUUUCACUGUGAUGAAAUAUAUUGGAAGUCAUUUCUUGACAAUCAACAACACCACCACGGAACAAACGGAUAGUCGUGACCAUUGGAGAAGAAUAUCAGCCGGGCCAACCCCCGAUAAGAACGACACCACCAAACACGCCCUAGAAACAGAGGCAUUCUCCUGCCUCUUUCGCCCUGAAGAAGACGGCUACCAAGUCCAAUGCAUGCUCCUCCUCUCUAUUACCGCGCACGCCCACGGCAAGUUUCUCGAUGCCAUCCGCAUCAUCAACUCCGCGACGAGUCUGGCGCUCAAACUCGGUAUGAAUCAGCACUCCUUUUCCGUGGUACAUGGCUACGGCUCCCCGUUGUUGGAAGAAAUGUGGCGUCGAUGUUAUUGGGAGUUGUUCGUUGUGCAGAGUCUGUUGUGUGCUUUGAUUGAGGAGAGUGGAGAGUUGUAUGGGGUUUCGUCGGAUGUGCCUUUGCCGUGUGAUGAGGGGAUGACGGAUUUGCAUGUUUACGAUGCACCACCUCCUGGACGACACACAAUCCACGAUCUUCUCAGUCACUGCCAGAACCGAGCCCAACUCGUCGACCCCUUGCCAUCAUUCGCCUACCGAAUCGCCGCAGCCCACUUCCUAGGUUCAGUACUUACUUCCCAAAGUUCAACAACAGCAACCGAACUCGAAAGAUUCUAUCCCCGCUUAAUCGAGCAUGUAGACCACAAAUCCUUUAUCGGGGGCAUAGCCUCUCAACCCAACCACAUCGCACAAAUGCUCUCACAAACCACAGUAAUCGCCUGCUCAGCAAUGAUCUACUUCUACCGACAAACGUCGCAACUUACGCCCAUAAAACUUCAACGAAAUCUGUUCUAUGACCAAUCCCCAUUCUACUCGUCGAGCUUCAGCAUGCCCGUAUUCCCGAGCAGCUUCAUCCUUCAAUCUAAGCACCCCACCAGCAAUAAAAACAACAACAGCGAUCAAUUCAAAUCAAAUCCAACCUCCGAUCCAUCAAGCAUUCACCUAAUCUCCACCGCAAAACAUCUCGCCACCCAACUCAAUAAUCCGCGCCUCGUCCAGGGCACAAGCCCAUUAAUCAUCGACGCAAUUGCUCUCGCCAUGCUCGUCGAAAUGGCCGCUUUGCUAAUCCCCUCUCUCGACGCAGCACAGAAAGAAAGACUCGAAAACGAGUUUGGCAAUUCACUAGGUGUACUGAAAAAGUUUGCGAUCAGGUGGCCGCUGGCGAAGACGGUGAGGGAUUUGUUGGUUGAUGAGUAUGAGAAUUUGUUUAGGCCUGAGAGGGCUCGUUGA